ACAGCAGGACCUGGCUUUCUCAGUCUCCCUUUUCCUCGCAAGCCUAGUUGAUCUCCCUGCCUCCUUCUCCCAGUUCCGAGCUCACAUUCAGACCCCCAGCUCUGCCCCCCCCGAUGCCCCCGUUCUGAUUUUUUUCUUUCCUUUUCUUGCUGGCCACUGACUUUCGAGAGCAGAAUCAAGGAAUUCCCUCCCGAAUUUAGUGGUACCCUUGGUCCUCACAUUCCUUUGGAUAAGCAAACGGUGCUGCUGUGUGCACAUCCUCCUGAAUCAUACUCCUGGAAAAAUCCGUAGAAGUGGAGAGAACUCUCACUGCCGAUGUAACCAUCGCACCGCCAAGGUUGUUUCUUAACCAGCUGCUCUGGGGCGAGUUGGAAUGCCGUUGAACAUCUCCAGGAAUUCCCAAGUCGGCAGCAGUAGAGAUGAGAUUCCACAGAGAGGCUUCUUUGAAACAUUCUCAUAAGUGUGGAGAACCUCUUUCUUAGCUUCUACUUCGAUUCUUCAACAGGUAGCGAUGUGCUGAGGAUGGAAAAAGUAACCAAGUAGAUAUCCGUGGCAUAGUUGGAAAAGGCGCUGUGUCCUCAGGACUACGUAAUGGGAGCUUUGGAGUUUUCAUAAGGAGUCCAGGACCUCGGGAGGUGUCGGAAGGUCACCGCCUGCUUCGGGAGUGCUGCCGUUGGUGGCGUCUGGUUGCAGGAUAGCAGCGGGGUCCUCUUGAGCGAUGGGUUCCCAGGAAGAGUGCCAUCCUGCUUCAUAACUUGUGGCUCUGUCUAUGAGCAGCUGGAGAAGCCUGUUCCUCUCGUCCACAGCUGCUGGGUCUCCUGCCCUCCCCCUACGUCCCUCUGUGCCCAGUUCCUGGCGCAGCACCUGGCUUUGGCUUUGCUUCUACUGGAGUCCGCUCCCUCGGACACCCGCACAUGUGGAAGAAAACCAUGUCGAGGCCCAGGGGACUCUUAUGGCUCCCGCUGUUUUGCACCCCGGUCUGCGUGAUGGUCAACUCCAACGUUCUCCUGUGGGUAACGGCUCUCGCAGUCAAGUUCACGCUGAUCGACAGCCAGGCGCAGUAUCCGGUCGUCAACACAAACUAUGGAAAAAUCCGGGGCCUAAGAACGCCACUACCCAAUGAGAUCUUGGGUCCCGUGGAGCAAUAUCUGGGGGUGCCCUACGCCUCGCCUCCCACGGGAGAGAGACGGUUUCAGCCUCCUGAGCCUCCGUCCUCUUGGACCGGGGUUCGCAAUGCCACUCAGUUUGCAGCCGUGUGUCCACAACACCUGGACGAGAGGUCUUUGUUGCACGACAUGCUACCCAUCUGGUUUACAGCCAAUUUGGAUACUUUGAUGACGUACGUACAAGAUCAGAACGAAGACUGCCUGUACCUAAACAUCUACGUGCCCACCGAAGAUGGAGCCAACACAAAGAAAGUCGCUGAUGACAUAACCAGUAAUGAUCGUGGUGAUGAUGAAGACAUCCAUGACCAGAACACUAAGAAGCCAGUGAUGGUCUACGUCCACGGCGGUUCGUACAUGGAAGGCACCGGGAACAUGAUAGACGGCAGCAUCCUAGCGAGCUACGGGAAUGUCAUCGUCAUCACCGUUAACUACCGCCUGGGCAUCCUGGGGUUUUUAAGCACCGGGGACCAGGCGGCGAAAGGUAACUACGGACUCUUGGACCAGAUCCAAGCCUUGCGGUGGAUCGAGGAGAACGUGGGAGCUUUUGGUGGUGACCCCAAGAGAGUGACCAUCUUUGGGUCUGGGGCCGGAGCCUCCUGUGUCAGUCUGCUGACUUUGUCGCACUAUUCAGAAGGUCUGUUCCAGAAGGCCAUCAUCCAGAGCGGCACGGCCCUGUCCAGCUGGGCGGUGAACUACCAGCCUGCCAAAUAUACUCGGAUGUUGGCAGAUAAAGUGGGCUGCAACAUGCUGGACACCACGGACAUGGUGGAAUGCCUGCGGAACAAGAACUACAAAGAACUCAUUCAGCAGGCCAUCACCCCCGCCACCUACCACAUUGCCUUCGGGCCCGUCAUCGACGGGGAUGUCAUCCCCGACGACCCCCAGAUCCUCAUGGAGCAGGGCGAGUUCCUCAACUACGACAUCAUGCUGGGGGUGAACCAGGGAGAGGGGCUGAAGUUCGUGGAUGGCAUGGUGGACAGCGAGGACGGUGUGACCCCCAACGACUUCGACUUCUCGGUGUCCAACUUCGUGGACAACCUCUACGGCUACCCCGAGGGCAAAGACACCUUGCGGGAGACCAUCAAGUUCAUGUACACGGACUGGGCUGACAAGGAGAACCCGGAAACUCGCCGGAAAACCCUGGUGGCCCUCUUCACCGACCACCAGUGGGUGGCCCCCGCGGUGGCCACCGCCGACCUCCACGCGCAGUACGGCUCGCCCACCUACUUCUACGCUUUCUACCACCACUGUCAGAGCGAAAUGAAGCCCAGUUGGGCAGACUCGGCGCACGGGGACGAGGUCCCCUACGUCUUCGGCAUCCCCAUGAUCGGCCCCACAGAGCUUUUCAGCUGUAACUUCUCCAAGAACGACGUGAUGCUGAGUGCCGUGGUGAUGACUUACUGGACCAAUUUUGCCAAGACCGGGGACCCAAACCAGCCCGUCCCACAGGACACCAAGUUCAUCCACACCAAGCCCAACCGCUUCGAGGAGGUGGCCUGGUCCAAGUACAAUCCCAAGGACCAGCUGUACCUGCACAUCGGCCUGAAACCCCGAGUGCGGGAUCACUACCGCGCCACCAAAGUGGCUUUCUGGCUGGAGCUGGUCCCCCACCUGCACAACCUGAACGAGAUCUUCCAGUACGUGUCCACCACCACCAAGGUGCCCCCGCCCGACAUGACCUCUUUCCCCUACGGCACCCGCCGCUCUCCGGCCAAGAUCUGGCCGACCACCAAGCGCCCGGCCAUCACCCCCGCCAACAGCCCGAAACAGGCCAAGGACGCGCAGAAACCCGGGCCCGAGGACACCACGGUACUCAUCGAGACCAAGCGCGAUUACUCCACGGAGCUGAGCGUCACCAUCGCCGUGGGCGCCUCGCUGCUGUUCCUCAACAUCCUGGCCUUCGCCGCCCUUUACUACAAGAAGGACAAGAGGCGCCACGAAACGCACCGGCGCCCCAGCCCGCAGAGGAACACCACCAACGACAUCGCGCACAUCCAGAACGAGGAGAUCCUGUCCCUGCAGAUGAAGCAGUUGGAGCACGACCACGAGUGUGAAUCCCUGCAGGCCCACGACACCCUGAGGCUCACCUGUCCCCCCGACUACACGCUCACGCUGCGCCGCUCGCCCGACGACAUCCCAUUGAUGACGCCGAACACCAUCACCAUGAUCCCCAAUGCGCUGCCGGCCAUGCAGCCGCUGCACACGUUCAACACCUUCAGUGGGGGGCAGAACAGUACGAAUUUACCGCACGGACACUCCACCACCCGAGUAUAGCUCUCCUCCGCCCGCCUCCCCUCCCUCUCGCAGCGGACGUCGAGAGACUCGGAAAGACAACGUGUGCACACCGCACUGGGAGACCCUGGGCACUCCACACUGGGAGACCCUGGGCACUCCACACCGGGAGCCCUCUUCUUCCGGCCGCCCUCGACGACAUUUCCCUGGCCUGGUAGACCCACGUCUUUGCACCCUACGAAAUGUGAAGAGCCGACAGUUCUCCGACCCACGCUGCUUUAAAGUUUCUCACCCAUCCCCCGAGACCUCUCUCAUCCACAGCUUCCUCUCCCUCUGCCCGCCCAC